GUUUCAGAUGCAUGUCCACCAGGCUAUUUUUCAUUCGAUGGGUUAACACCAUGUACACUAUGCCCGAAGAAUUACUACAGUGUGGCACCGUAUAGUCACACGUGUGAACCGUGCGAUGGUAGUAUGGUAACUUAUGAAACAGGGUCAACAUCAGAGAGCGCUUGUAAAACUCUAGAUGAGGCGAUAGCUGAUAAUGCCGAAACGCCGUGCACUCCGAAUCCGUGUGUAAAUGGCGAAUGCUCCUUUAAAAGAUUGAAUUAUUUCUGUACAUGUCCGGCAGGAUUCACGGGCAAGAGAUGUGAGAAUCCUAUGAACGGAUGCACGGGAAAACCGUGCAAAAACGAGAGGACAUGUAGUGCGGCAUCAGAUGGCCUUGGAUUUACAUGUACCUGUGGUAGUUCCACCACUACACCCAACGAAUUCUCGGGCACUCUUUGUGAGAACGACGACUUUGGUUGUUCUCCGAGCUAUUGUAAGAAUAACGGUACUUGUCAUAACCAGUAUCAAAGUUUCUCAUGUAAAUGUCCGACAUAUUCCGGUUAUCAAAACGCAGAUCCUAGAGGUACUGGCAGCGGAACAUGUAAUACCAAGAUAAACCCAUGCUCCGUAGACCCGUGCGAGCACGGCACGUGUUACAACAACAGUCAUUUCUACAAAACAUGUGAUUGUUAUCCAGGAUUUACGGGCAUUUAUUGUAAUACAAGUAUAGAUGACUGUAGUCCAAACUUUUGUGAGAAUGGAGCCACGUGUAUAGAUGGCGUUAACUCGUUCACUUGUAACUGUGCCGACGGUUACCAUGGACACUACUGCCAAUUCAGAAAAGCCUGCGACAAAAAGUGUGGAAGCCCGGAUGAACAAUUCUGUAACACGUGUAACGAUGACAACACGGACACGUGUUUAAAUGUCAACGAUGAUUUCCAGUGUCAAUGUCUUGACGGUUACGCAGGAAGGUCAUGCGAGAUUGAGACUUCAAUAUGUAAAAGUUACCCAUGCAAACACGGCGGCAACUGCACAUCCAACAACGCAACUUCUUUCUCGUGCUCUUGUAUCCAGCCGUGGACAGGAAGAUUCUGUGACCAGUUACCAAACAGAUGUCCGAAUGGGAACAUGUGUUUUAAUGGAGGCACGUGUUAUAGUACGACGUCAGGAUAUAGAUGCAAAUGUCCAGAUCACUAUAUUGGUGAUGAUUGUUCCGUAACUUACGACUUAUGUGCACGUGCCAACCCGUGCAGUGGUAACGAAAGUACCUGCUCGUUCGAAAAUGGCAAUUUCGCAUGCGAUUGUCAAACAGGAUACAGCGGCAACUUUUGUGAGAACGUGCUUCCCACAUGUUCUGAUAAUGUCUGUAAGAACGGAGCCACGUGCACUAACACGGGAAAUGGUGUAACUUGUGACUGUGCUGACGGUUAUACUGGUGAGACAUGUGACUCUAUGACAGGAAGUUGUUCACCAAAUCCUUGUGGAUCAAAUCGUCAAUGUCUGAGCAACAAUGCUGGUGGAUAUACGUGCGUCUGUGCUAGUGGUUAUAGUGGAGAAUCCUGUGACAAACUGGUAGGAGAUGCAUUUGACUAUGUUAUAACACCACAACUACUAUGUCGUACCGAGGCAUCGUUAGCAAUGUUUGGUGACGGACAAACUGACAUCAAUUCAUUGUCGAUAUCUUUCUGGGCCAGGUACAAGGCGGUACAUGGAGACGGUGUCAUUAUGAAAAUAUAUGGAUCAAGAACAGGUGGCGAGAUGAUACCGUCGUCACCUGACGUCAAACUGACGUUCUACACGGAGGAGUUAGAAUUAUAUGAAACUGACAGUGUAACAAGGAGGAAACGAGAAACACGGACAUUGUCGUAUGGGAAGUCAGUCGCAGACGGAUAUUGGCACCAUUUCUUAAUAGUUUGGUCGGCUUCAUCUGAAGAAAUAUUUCUUUACAUUGACGGACAGUAUGAGGACUCGAGCUUCUUUUCACGGAACCUACCCACUGGAAAUGUCAACGGAGUAACUGUUGGUUUUCUUGUGUUUGGGGACUUUGACGAACAAGACGGGUUUACUGUUCCAGAUAAUAGUUUCGAAGGUCUUGUUAACCGUCUAUAUGUUGUGAGCACAGACCUUACUGAUCUUCUUCCUCAGCUGUACUCCAGAUCUUACACACCUCCGCAAAAUGCUGUCAUCUUGAUCCAGGAAAGAACUACGUUACUGCUUUAUUCUGUGACCUACAACAGCGAGCUUAGUUUAAAUAGUAAUAAAUGCUUGCCAUCUGACAACACUUGUAAAGGAAUUGAUGAACGUGCCAGUGCACCGACAAUCAACAGUUGCCCGGGAGACACGUUUGUUGUUAGGGCACGAUGGGUAAAUUUCAACUGGACAGAACCGGUCUUUUCAGGAUCAUUUCCAUCUAUUACAAAUGCUGGAGGAUCUAGAUAUGAUUACGGUGUACAUGGUAUAAGUUAUGCCAAUCUAGACGGGGAGGGUGAUGCCGCAGUGUGUACCUUUAGACUCUUCUAUAGUGAUGUUGGUUGUGGAAGUAUUGACGGAACUAACGCAAACUGUAACAACGAUUUAGGACCUGGAGUUACUGCAUGCACGGAAGAUUGCUCUAGCAAUAAUUUGCUUCCCGGUAACCAGCCGUUAUAUCUUACAUGUAGUAUGUACGGAAUGUGGGACGAGGCGGUGAAAUAUACGGAUUAUAUCUAUCCAACAUGUUCAGCAACAACGAGCAUGACCCAACGCGUUUCUCUCAGUUUGACAGCAAUGUCUAGUUUAGGAACAUGUGACAGUACCAUUAUCUCGCAAUAUAGUGUUGCUGUCCGCAACAAAUUUGUGCUCCUUAACAACCAACAAGCACAAAACAACAAGCUAUGUUCCAAUGACUGCAUCGAUGUCAUGAUUCCAGCGUUCACAUGCGACGGAAACAACAUACGUGUUUCCAUCAACUUUGGAUUAACAAGUUCUUUCAUGACGUACGAAGGAUCAAGUGUCACGACUGAGGAGUUACUCAAGAUUGCCGUCGGGGACUUCAAGGCGUUUGAUUAUGUCCAAACUAAUCUGACCAUAUCACCAGAUCUUUCAACCCUUGUUCUAACAACAACACCAGAAUGUGUUGCUGGUUAUAUGGUUAAAGAAGAUAAAUGCGUUUCAUGUGGACAAGGAACGUUUUAUAAUUCUUCCACGAAAGCAUGUGAAAGAUGCCCAGUUGGUACAUACCGCAGCGAUAUCUCAAACCUUGUUUCUACUUGCACCUCGUGCUUCACGAGUCAAACCACACCGGAUAAAGGCGCCAGGGAGCAGACGUACUGCAUACAAAGAUGUCUCCCUGGGAAUUAUUAUGCAUUCCCACCCAAUACAAACCUUAAUAUUAACCAAGGCACGUGUGACCUUUGUGGGCAGGGAUAUUACCAGGAAUCUCUUGGUUCCAUCAGUUGUAAAGCUUGUCCAGUUGAACUGACCACAGAUGGACAGGGUUCCACUGGGUCAAGUAGUUGUGUCAGUCCUGGGAGUUUGACUACAACCACAACGGAAUCCUCUGUUCCUGAUACGGGUGCAGCAACAGAGGAAACCGGUUUGAGUGUUGGUGUAAUAGUGGCUGUCGUGUUAGGAGUGUUGCUAGGUCUAACUAUCAUCAUACUGAUUGUGUGCUUCUGCUGCUGUAAAGAAUUAUUGCCGUGCUUAUCCAAGAAGAAACAAGUGGUAGCACCAACACAGAAGGACGGAUACUAUGCUAAGAAGUAUGGUGACCAUAACAUGCAAUUUGUAAGUUAUAACCUGCAAGAUAUUCGGGAGAAGAAAGGCAAGCCUAUGGACAGGGUUCCUUUCGUUGAGCCUCCGCUCUCGGAUGAAACUGGGUCAGUUAAGACUGAUAUCUCUGUGCACGUGCCAGUCUUCAAUGAGAAAAUGAACGGAAAGGUGAAAAGAAAGUCCAUGUAUGUUUCUAAUGGUGGACAAAACUUGAGCGUCUCCCUACCUAGAUCGUCUUCCCGUACACCACGUGAUCCAGUUAUGACGUCAUCGCCUCGCGAGACACAGUAUGAUAACGUAUAUGAGGACUACGUUAAACCCAAACCAAAACGACGCAGGAAGAAGCAACAGAAGGACCGUUCUUCUUCAGAAAGAAGAUCUCGCCGUCACCAUGACGACGAGUAUGCCGAAGAAAUCAAUGUACAUGUAAGAGGUCCACUGCCCAAAGCUCUGGCACCAAUGCCACAGCGUCUGGUUUCCAAACCACCAGAUGAUGUUAUAUUAAGACCGUCCUCUGCCCUUGAACAACCUAGAGUUAUGGUUGAACCGUCACAUUAUGAGGACUUUCUUGAUAGUUCUCCUACCAGACAACACCAUCAAAAACACCAUCAUUCCUCCAGGUCACGUGAUAAGGAUCACGUAAAGAAACGGAAAAGACCGAAGAGUUACGAUAACAGCUUUGAGGAGACACAGCCGCAACAGUAUUCCGGAGGAUAUUAUGACGAAGAACAACCGCCGUUUAAUAUACGGAGAAUUGAAGUUGAGUCAGACGAAGAUUUACGAUAGUCGACGAAUAUUUACGAUAUUCGACGAAGAUUGACGUAAUUUACGAUAUGUGACGACAGAUUUUGAAAUCUAAGUAAAAUAGAUAACAGAAAGCACAUUAUCUUAAUGAACAAAUCAUACCUUGCGGCGUUAGGUGGUAGAUCUAUUUGAUAUAGUCAGAAAGAAUUGUGUGAGAGGACGUAUUAUAAAGUGAUUGUCAUGAAUGAUGUAUUAACUUAUGUAUAAAGAACUAUUUAACAAUAAAA